UCUGUUCAAAAUGCACUAUUUAUUUAUUUAUUGCAUAUGUCAAAGAAAUAAAAUAGGUUAUGUAAACAUGUGAAGAAUGACAAGUUUCUGAAUAUGUAUUUCCUUCAAUAAUUUUCAAUUUAUAGUUUCAGAAAUGGAAGAAUUUUUACAGAAACAAAUACAUCAAGGAUUCAUAAUUUAUGAAAAUUAUAAAUGGCUCAUAAAUUCUUAUGUUUUGGAUUUUUUUACUGAGGACCAUUGGUCAAAGUUGCCUGAGAGUUGGAAAAUGUUGAAGAAGUUGAAUGUAAAUGAGAUUGCUGAAUUGUUGGACCAAAAUGGACACUCUAAAACGUUCAUGUUUCCUCUAUCAGUAUUAGCUUUGAAAGUAAUUUUCCAAAAUACAAAUAUAACCAGGAUUCAAACCAGAAUGAAUUUCUCAUGUGAUAUGGUUAAAGAUGAAAAAUUGAUGAAGAUGUUCUGGAAAAGUGUAAAACUUAAAAAAAGACAUGAGAUACUUGCUAUGUCUGAGCUGUGUAAGGAAAUGGCCACAAAAUCUGGGUGUAUUUACAUAGUGGAUAUUGGCUCAGGUCUUGGUCAUUUGAGCAGGAUGCUUGCUUAUGGUUAUAAUUUUGAGGUUUGCUCAAUUGAAGCAGAACCUUAUUUGACAGAGCAAGCAAAAAUAUUGUCUGAGAAUUUUGAUACAUUUUUCAACAAAAAAUUUGGACACAAAAAGCAAGCUAGGCAUGUAAACAUAAGGAUAGAGCCUGACAUCAAUAAUAAUGAGUUUUUAAACAUUAUUUGCUCAGCAUUUGGGAUUGACAAAAAAGAUUUCCAAUUUGGAAUAGUUGGAUUGCAUCCAUGCGGAGAUUUAGGCCCUACUUUGAUUCGAUUAUAUAAUGAAAUCCCUAAUAUAAAAUAUAUUAAUGUUGCAGGGUGUUGCUAUAUGAAGUUAUCAACAAUAGAAUCUCUUCAUGCAGGUUUCCCCUUGAGUCAAUAUGGGAAACAAAGAAAAUAUGAACUGUGCUAUCAUUCAAAGGAAAUAGCUUGUCAUGCCAUAGAAACUUACAUUGACAAACUAAUGGAAGGGGAGUAUUGGAAGUUGAAAAUACAUGCCUAUCGGGCAACAAUUGAAAAGAUUUUAGCUAAAAUUCAACCCGAAUAUAAACAUAUCCCUCUUGCUAAUGUUAAGUAUGCAAAAGAUCUUGAUUUCAGAAGUUAUUGCCACAAAGCAACAGCGAAACUAUUGGGUGACAUUAUAGAUGCACACCAAAUAGAAAAUGAAGAGAUUCAGCAUUGUUUAGAACAGUGGAAUUCUGUUGUAAUAUUCUAUUCUUUUCGUUUGUUUUUUGCCCCUUUAAUUGAAUCUAUAAUUCUUUAUGAUAGGCUUUUAUGUUUGAUAGAAAAAGGCAGCCAUGCAGAUUUAAUUCCAGCUUUUGACAAUAGGAUAUCCCCCAGAAUGCAUGUGCUACAAGGAUUGAAAAGACAAAUCUGAAAUAAUUGAAAUAAAUGAUAUUUUAAAAAGA